GGUGGCGCUGCGCCCGCCCCGCCGGGAGCGCCGCCUCCUCCGGCCGCGCCGCGCACGCCGGGACCGGCCCUGCCCGGCCUUGCCCAGCGCUGCUGCCCGGGCUCGGCCCCGGCCCCGCCGGCACGAUGCAGGAUCCAAAUAAAGACACGGAGUGGAAUGACAUUCUGCGCAAGAAAGGUAUCCUUCCUCCAAAGGAAAAUCUGGAGGAGCAGGAACGGGCAAAGGAAGAGGAACAGUUUGCCAUCCUUCAGAAAUCUCUGGUGAAAACUUAUGAGGACAUGACUCUGGAAGAGCUCGAAGAGAAUGAAGAUGAAUUUAAUGAGGAGGAUGAGAGAGCUAUUGAAAUGUACAGGCAGCAAAGGUUAGCAGAAAUGAAGGCAGCUCAAAUGAAGAACAAAUUCGGAGAAGUUUUGGAGAUUUCGGGAAAAGACUAUGUUCAAGAGGUUACAAAAGCUGGAAAAGGUAUAUGGGUAAUCUUACACCUCUACAAACAAGGAAUUCCUCUCUGUGCCUUAAUAAAUCAACAUCUGAGUGGGCUUGCAAAGAAGUUCAGAGAUGUGAAAUUCAUCAAAGCAAUCUCUACCACCUGCAUUCCCAAUUACCCUGAUAAGAACCUGCCCACAAUAUUUGUGUACCUGGAGGGAGACAUCAAAGCUCAGUUUAUUGGGCCUUUGGUGUUUGGUGGCAUGAACCUGACAAGGGAUGAAUUGGAGUGGAAGAUUUCUGAGUCGGGUGCCAUCAAGACAGAUCUCGAAGAGAACCCCAGGAAGCAGAUCCAGGACCAGCUCAUGUCCUCAAUCAGAUCGUGUGUCCCAGCCAGAGGGGAGAGUGACUCAGAGGAUGACUAAUUCCUGCGACUGCCUCUGCAUUGAUGCAGUGCACUUGCAUCCAGUGUUCCCACCUCAAGCACUGGAGACGCUCCUCAAGGCCUUGCUGAGCCCCAGAAGGGUAGCCUUUCAAGACAUUCAUUCUAGAAACCUCUAGAAACUAAAAACAUUUCUGUUUUUUAAAAAGUGCAGCUUCACUUAAGAUGCUGAAAGACAUUUUGUAUAGUGAAGCCUGAGUAAAUCUUACUCAAAAGUUUUAAAAUAUAGACAUGAGUAGAAACAGGUCUCUUGUUAUUAUUUUCAUAGUAAAUUGCUACUUUUUUCAAAAAAUUGAAAUAUGAAGUGGUCUUAAGUGCACUAUUAUUAACAAAAUUAAAUUGUACAAAUCGGAUCUAAAUGGCUGUUCUUAAACAAUUACUUAUGGCACUUAAAUCUCUCAGCCCCCUGUGCUCAGUCCUCUGACAGCCUGGACUUCCCAGAGAGCUGGAGGAGGUUACCCACCAUGUGGGUGCUUCUGAAGGUGGUAUGUGGUCCUCUGCAGAGAUGUGCUGGCACCAGAGGGACAACAUGAGGCUAUAAGCUGGGAUUCCAGGCAUCUUGAGAGAGGCCUGGAGGAUGGCCAGCCUCUCCUGGGACCUUGCUGAGUCCAGAAUUCCACUUUUGAGUUAGCAGCACUAUUUUGCCUUUCACAAGAGCUGAGCUUCCUGCACCAUCUUGCCUGCUAAUUGCAGAAUAAAAUUCAAGAUGGUGGUUCUUAGGUGUGAAACUGCUGAUUUCUUCACACAGAAGUCAGGUGUUCCUACAGUAGUGCCAUUGCCAAAUGGACGGGAGGAUGAUAUUUGAGGAUCUGACAUCUUGCUAUAUUAAAGACUUUCAUUUUCCAGCUACAGUAAUAAUAACUGAAGCCAUUGAAGAGCAUAAACUUAAAUACCACCUUGAUUAUAGAUCAGCUGACACUUGAAGCUGCUUGAUUAUUUUGGGUUGGAUUUAAUGUCUGCCUACACUUUGAGUUGGUCUACACUCAGGCUAAUAAUCUCCAAGAGCUUUUGCUAAUGAGGCUGUCCCAAUGACAUUUUGUUAUAUUGCUGAUGGAUUCUGUGGGUGGAUGGUACAGAAUGCAAUACCCAAUAAGCACUAAUAUUUUCAAAAUUUUUUUUUAUCAGUUUGUAGUCACUUUGAAACAGGAUUCCUGCACUCUGAGACAAAUCAGUGUGUAGUUCAAACAACUAACUGUUCCUUCAGGUGAGGUUGUAAGAUCCUGAUGGAGAUCUUCCUCUUUGAGAUGUGAAUGAUGAUUUGAGUCUCACUUGUCUCCUUUCUUUUCUCCUAUGUGUUUUUGGCAGAAUAGCUAAAAUACUAAUCUUGUGCAAGUGAGUCAAAUGCAGCACAAUAGAAACUGAUAAAUCCUGAUUAUUAUUACAUAGCAGCACUCUUCUCAUGACAUGGGACUAUCCCAAAUGCUAUCAGAUAUGAUGCUUCACUGUGUUCACCUACAACUUCAUACAGUCUAGGAAAAAGACUUCCUCCCCAUAGAAGCCUACACUGCAUAUUUUGCUUCUUUUGCUUGUUCACAUUGAAUUGUGCUUUUGAGUGACCUCUGAUCACAUGGACUGCAUUCCUUUUGGAGGAAACUAGAGAAGCUAGGGGUGAAUAAAAAGGAGAGGUGGGACUUCA